AUGCAACUCCGCUUUCCAUUACCACCGGGGUACUUUGCCGAGUUCGACUUGCUGCCGGACGAGAAACGGUCGCAACGUCAUCGACUCGAAAACUUGGAAAUCUCGCCAAGUCAAAGGACCAACUCCAUUGCUACCGGAGACGUGGCACGGAAGGGUCAGCUCACCAAUUGGGUCUGUACAGCGACUCCGGGUCCAGUCGAAGCCGAUCUCUUCGCCCGCUCGCGUCAAUCAAUGAGCUCCCACAGUCAUUCUGGACCCACGGACAUGGACCAAUUGUCGUUCUCCACACGAUCGACAAGAGACGGUGAACCACCUCGCAGGAGCAUUCAGCCGUCAGUGAUCGGCUAUGGCGUCACCCGGACGUCCUACCUCGGGCUCAAGUGGAAGUUGUCUCGCACGGUGGGUGGCAACCGGGACUGCUGCUACAUGGAGUACGUGGGGUUGUCGGAAGAUGCAGAUGGCCAGCACUUUGGCUACCACGUCAUGGAGUCCGUGCCCGUGCACAACUGUCCUCACUUUGAAGACAAUUCAAUUGUGCGCGCCCACGUGUCGUUUUGCUUUAUCUUUCGACCCGGCAAACUUGCAGACCAAGUCGAGGUGUUCAUGCAAGGCGCGUACGACUCAUCGGCUGACGCGCUCACGGCUGGAGGGGUGGGUGACUAUCGUAGCACAAUGGAUAUGCUAUUUAAUCUCCCGUCUACACUGGUAGGCGCAGAGGCGAAGAAGGUUUCGGCUAUGGUCGUGAAACAGUCGAGUGCACACAGGAGUGCGAGCACGGUGGACCAAAGCAGCCACCACUGCUUUAUCUGCCGCACCAAGUCGAAGCUCUUGUCCUUGCACUCGAACUGUCAGACGUGCGGCGCCGUCAUGUGCGGCAAGUGCCGCAUUCGAGUGGUGACGUUUUCCCGUCGAGGCAAGAUCAAAGUCUCGUGCUGCAAAUUGUGCAUGGUCAUGGUGCGAGACCAGUCGCCGUUUGCCGGCGAAGAGCUCGAGCUGCAGCAGUCCGCAAGUUCGAAGAAGCUGUUUGAUGAACAAAGUCGCAGCAGCAGCAGCAGAGGCAGCAUGAUCGCGAAACCUGAUAUGAUUAACUCGUCCAUCUCCACCAUGUCUUUGAGCGACUCGGAGUACGCCAUGUCGUACCAUUCGUGGCAGUCGAGCUCCGUGUCUUCGAUGCCGUCGGAUUGCAGCGACAGCUUUGACGGCUCGAGCGGCACCUUUAGCUCGUCGGAUCCUUUCGAUGGACCGAAAGAUGCCUGCGUUGCUGGGAGCCAGCCUCCGAUGCACGCUCCUGUUAGUUACCAGUCCGAGCAGCAGCGCCAGUACGAGCAGCAGCAGCUCCAAAUGCAGCAAUUCCUGAUACGACAGCGCAUGAAACAAAGUGCCGAGGCCGGCUACUCGACGAUGCCGGGUACGCGCCAACAGCCCACCACUCGAGAGGGUCUGUACAACCAAAUGCUGGAGCUGCGAGUGCAAGCUGAGCGAGCCUACGACUUGACAAACCAGAACGGCAAUAUGAUAAAUUCCCAGCGAUAG